AUGUCUUCAGAGGUCGACGUCAAGGUUCCCAAUCUGCCCGUGGACUGGAUGGAGACUGCGAAGGGCUUGACUGCUGGAGCAGCAGGAGGAAUUACACAGGUCCUUAUUGGACAACCCUUUGAUAUCGUCAAGGUCCGAUUGCAAACACAAACAGGAGGCACCGCUCUUUCGGCUGCACGUGGCAUUUGGGCACGAGAAGGGGUGCUUGCCUUUUACAAGGGAACAUUGGUACCAUUGCUAGGUGUUGGUGCCUGCGUCAGUAUUCAAUUCGGCACGUUCCAAGGAUUUCGACAGCUCAUCGAGCACUAUAACUACCGCAAGUCUGGGUCCCAUGGCGGCGACUUGCCGCUGGGACAGUUCUACCUCGCCGGUGUCGCAGCAGGAGUAACAAACAGUGUGGUAUCCGGUCCAGUCGAGCAUAUUCGUAUCCGACUUCAGACGCAACCUCACGGGAAAGAUCGACUAUACACAGGACCCUGGGACUGCGUUCGGAAAGUCGUCCGCAUGGCCGGCGUCUCUGGUCUCUAUCGCGGCCAGGCCGUGACACUAUUGCGAGGAAUUUCAUGGAUACGGAGUGUGUGGGCAUUACCGCUAGCACUGGUGAGAAGGUCAAAGACGAAACCCUGCGAACCGUUGCGUCAAUUCGAGGGGUCCGAAUACUCGCCGGGCUGGAAGUUCAAUCAUUGGGAAUUGAAGGGUGUCCUGGUUCGAUUGGAAAUGGUCCCCAAGGUGUUGAAAGGGGGCUUCGUCAGUACCGCUCGUCGAGAUACGGGAGAAAAGGGACGCAUGCCGAUCUAUAAUGCUGCCACUGAGAUCCCUGUUCUUUUGGAGACCAUCCAGUCAGACAUGUACACCAGUGCGCUGGAGGGAUUCCGCAACACUGUCAAAAUUGUCAAGCACUGGGCCUUGUUCACCCCUGCUAUCGACAAAAAGCACUUGUGUCUCAUUCCCUUCUGUCUUCAAGAGGAAUGCGAGGAUCGCAUCAAGAAGCUGAGCGAGCGAGCGGCGGAUGGUCAACCCCAGGAGCAGGAGGAUACUAGGGCACCCAGUAUGGGGGCGAAGAGCCUAUGCAUUCCCUUCAAACAGCCGACAGAGCUGAAGGGGUCGAGCACCAAUCACGACGCGUAG